AUGGCUGAGAGAAAGAACCCUUCAGGAGCUCAAUAUCGUAAACGAAAAGUUGAACAGCAGAGGGAACAAGAAAAACAGAAGGGUUCAUUGCUAAAGUUUAUAUGCCGACAAGACUCUACUAAAGAGGAUAGUAAUGGUGGACAGAUUCCUACUGAUAUGGGAGCUGAAGAAAUAUCUAAUGUUGUUGAUAAUGAUAAUGUGAUGAUGAGUGAAACACUUUCUUACUCAACAGUUCCCGUUUCCCAUGCAGAUAAUGGCCAAUUGAAUAAUUCUCUCGAGGAAUAUGUACAGCAAGCAAGUGAAGAAAAAACGGAUAAUGUUAUUCCACAGGAUCCAGCACUUUGGCCUCUACUAAUUAAUCAUAAUACACGUGCAAUCAUUGUAGAACGUGGACCUCAGCAAAUAAAAGAUAUCAGUUUCCCAAAUGAUAAGAACAAUCAAAAGUUUUCAGUAUUUCACUACUUAAGAAAACUUCCUAAUGGAGAAGAAUUAUGUCGCAGCUGGCUCUUGUAUUCAGUAUUAAAAGACUCAGCGUUUUGUUUCUGUUGCAAACUGUUCAGUAUGAAAGCAAUUGGCGUAUCAUCACUAACUCAUACAGGUUCAAGUGACUGGAAAAACAUGGCGGCAAUUCUUUCUUCCCACGAGAAAAGUCCUGAACAUUUGCAGAACUAUCAAAAGUGGAAAGAACUACAUCAGCGAUUACAGAGGGAUAGUACAAUAUAUGCAGAAAUUUUGCGCAAGAUGAAGAAUGAAGAAAAGUAUUGGCAGCAAAUACUAAAGCGUUUAAUAGCAUUAGUGAGAGUUUUGGGUGAACAGAAUCUAGCUUUUCGCGGUACAAAUGAAACAUUAUACAGUGCCAAUAACGGGAAUUUUUUAAAAUUUGUGCAAUACUUAGCCAUUUUUGAUCCAUUAAUGAACGAACAUCUAAGAAAGAUAUCAAAUAAAGAGCUUCAUACACACUAUCUUGGCAAAGAUAUACAAAAUGAACUUAUUCAACUGUUAGGAAAUGCUAUUAAGAAAGAAAUCAUACAAACAGCAAAUGCAAUGAAAUAUUUUUCAAUAGUUCUCGAUGGUACUCCUGACUGUAGCCAUGUUGAGCAAAUGACAAUAAUUAUUCGUUUUGUUAAAGUUGAUUCAUUGAAAAAGGAGUUUAGUAUCAAAGAACAUUUUUUAGGCUUUGUACCUUUAAAGAAAACAACUGGAGCCUAUAUGGCAGAAACGAUAAUACAACAACUAAAAGAAAUGGAGUUACCUAUUGGUAAUUUACGUGGCCAAGGCUAA